AUGUCUGACUACGGCCGCAAGGACUUCACCACUAAGGCUAAGGAGGAGAUCACUCCUGACUCGGCUAAGUCCACUCAGGAUAAGGUUAAGGAGACCGUCACCGACACCACAGACCGUUUCACUCGUGGCGCCCAGUCCGACAAAGACAAGUCUGCCCCCCAGGAGGCUUGGGAUAAGACCCAGCGUGUUCACGACAACGAGCACCACGGCGGUGCCGGCCAGUCGAUUGGCGACAAGGUCAAGGACACCUUGGGACUUGGCGGCAACAAAUAA